AUGGAGGCGGGGCCUCGGCCGCGACUGUCCGUUGAGUUCAGCUGGGAGGAGGCCCAGGGCCUCCCAAGGUGGGUCCCCGGGGUUGGGGGCUGCAGGGCGGGAAGGGCGCCCCCUGCAGAGGGCCAGCAGCACUACGGGCUCCUUCCAUUCCAGGUGCCCAAGAGCUGGACCAUGAGGCUGGCCGUGGCAGCCCUGCUCCUGGGCCUCACGAUGGUGGUCACUGGAGACGAGGGAGACAAGGACCCGUGCGUGUACGAGGCCCUGCCUGACAACGACGCUGUCCUCUGCAAGGGCCUUAAGGUUUUCUACCCAGAGUUGGGGAACCUCAGCUGCAUGGUUGUUCCGGAAUGCAACAACUACAGACAGAAGAUCACCUACUGGACCAAGCCGAUCGUCAAGUUCCCUGAGGCCUUGGACGGUGCAACCUACAUCCUGGUGAUGGUGGAUCCAGAUGCCCCCAGCAGGUCUUCUCCCAAAGCUCGAUUCUGGAGACAUUGGCUGGUGACAGAUAUCAAGGGCGCUGACAUGAAGAAAGGGAAGAUUCAGGGCCAGGAGUUAUCACCCUACCAGCCUCCUUCCCCACCAGCACAAAGUGGCUUCCAUCGCUACCAGUUCUUCAUCUAUCUUCAGGAAGGAAAGACCAUCUCUCUCCUUCUUAAAGAAAACAAAACUCGAGGCUCUUGGAAAAUGGACAGAUUUCUGAGCCGCUUCCACCUGGGAGAACCUGAAGCCAGCACCCAGUUCAUGACCCAAAAUUACCAGGACACGCUAAAUCACCAGGCUCCGGGAGGAAGCAGUGAGCCCGGGGACAAACCUGAACCGAGAUAA